AGCUGUAUGUAGUGCAAUAUUUAACGCAAAUGAUACUUUUCAGAAACUGUGCAGUGCUUCUAAUAAUUGGCUCAAUAUGCAGCUUCUUCUAUGGCGUUGGCCAUCUCCAAAUCGAGGUGGAGCCAAACGCCUGUCGCAUGACUUACAUGUUUGGAGAACCAAUGUUUGCGCGCGUUAGAUUUACUGCAAACAAGCAGUAUGCAAAUUACGGGCUUUACUAUUACUAUGAAGGCUUUCGUAAGCCGCUGGAUCCGCGCAAGGAGCGCAUGACAGGCGCACCAGUCAUCUUUGUGCCGGGCAAUGCCGGUUCGUACAAGCAAGUGCGCUCACUAGCCUCGGUGGCGCUACGCAAGGCGCGCGAACAUACUGAUGGCAUACAUCUGGACUACUACACGGUGGACUUUGAUGAGGAGUUGUCUGCAUUUUAUGGCGGCUACAUGUACCAACAGCAGUCAUUCCUCAAGCACUGCAUACGCACAAUUCUUUCCAUAUACAAAGGCAAAGCGAGCUCUAUAGUGCUAAUUGGCCAUUCAAUGGGUGGCAAGCUAGCACAAUCCAUGCUUACCGACCCAGAAAUGAGUCAAUAUAUAAAUACUAUUAUAAGCAUAUCAACGCCAAUCGAUCAGCCAGUGCUGAAUUUGGAUGUCAUACUCAAUCAGUUCUAUGUGGAAACGCAAGACAAGCUCAGAAGCACACGCACAGCAACACAGCCUACAGUCAAGACUAACUUGUGCCAAAGUCAGCAUCAAAAGUCACCAAGCGAACAGAGCAUGGACAGCCAAGACCUAAGCGCAGUACUGGACAAUGUGCUGCUCAUCUCAACAGGCGGCGGCAAUCGUGAUCUGCUGGUGAGCGCUGGUCUAACGACUUCAAUAUUCAACGAUAUACAUGCAAUGACGUCUUCCAUACCACGUGUAAAUCUGAGCUGUGAUCACUUAUCAGCCGUUUGGUGUCUGCAGUUCAUGCAGGUUAUCAAUCGCUUCCUGUUUAGCAUAGCGUUGCUGCGCGAGGAUCGAACUGUGGUCUUUAGCAGCAACAAACAACGUAAUCUGCAGUCGGCCUUGGCACACUUCGUGAAGCCGCGCAGGCGUCCGCAGGGCAUCUUAAGCAUACCUAGUCACUCCAAUUGGCAUGAAGAGCGUCAUUUGGUCAUUAAUAAAUUCUUUGCCAAAGGCCUAAAGGCACAUCACUAUGAAUUGAUUGGACUGGAGCGUGAGGAGCGCUUCAAGAAGGUCGCCAUUGAGGCAUUGAAUGUGGAGAGCGAUGAUAAUUGGUUGUUUGGCUGUGCGGCAAAGCAGCACAAUGAGAGCGGACACUACUAUUGCCAUAAAGCAACGCCGUUAAUGCAUCUUGUCCAGCGCGUACCCAAUGCAGAGCACACGCCACGCAGCAUUGCUUUGCUUGAUCUGCAUAAUUUGCGCAAAACCUAUGAGCACUGGACACAUGUGCUGGUACGGCUGCCACCCAGCGGUCAGCGCUCUGGCUACAAUCUCGAUAUCUACGAUCAAACAGAACGCACUCUGGACAUACGCAUGCCGCGUUGGUAUAGCUUUAGGCCACGUCAAGCUGUCAACGAAACACUGCAGGGCACGCUGCACUAUAGACUGCGCAUUUCCGAGCUAGUGGAGCCAUACCAGGCACUGCAGGUGUUUGUGGAGCCGCUGAAAUGUCUCCACGAAAAUUAUCGCGUUACCGCCAGAGUGUGUGUGCCCUGGGCCGCGGGUUUUGAGCGGUUCCAGACGCUAACUGCGCCGGAUCCAGCUCCAGGCUUGUAUGUUAACGUGCCCACAUUGAUGCCAAGGCAAUAUAAUACCACCGAGAAUCCUGUGCUGUUGGACUUGUACUUAGAUCCUGUUUGUCGCUAUCGCAUAAGCUAUGCCUACUCUCAUACUGUUGCUUUGUCACGUUUGGUGCAUGAAUUUACCAGCUGGCUGCCGGCUCAUUUGGUUUGCGUGCUCUUGAUUGUGCUCAAGCAUCAAAUCAAUAAAUUCCAGCCCAUGGGCAGCUUCAAGAGCCUCAAACCCUAUAUAGGCUAUCUGCAGUACACAUCGCUUUAUGUGGUUACAGGCUGUCGCCUGCUUAAGAAGCUGCUACUCAACAUGCCCUUGGUGCCCGAUCCAGAGCCUUUGGACUACAGCAUUAAUAUCUCAAUAAUUAUACAAUCCACCGCCAUUGGCCUAUCCAUACUGGCUUCGUUCAGCAUUUGGCUGUCGCUGUCAUUUUAUGGCAAUGCUAUCUAUCGUCUGGCACAGCGUCUAACGCGUCUUUCUGCCUCUGGCAGCAACAUUAUGGUCUCCAUUAUGACACACCUGCCCAUUACUUACGGCAUUCUGACUAUUGGCGUGGCGCUUUGCACCUGCAGCGGCGUUGGACUGCUCUUGGCGUUUAUAUUUUACUUUCUUAUGCUAUCGAAUGCAUAUAAGGACGAUCUGGAAGACUACUUCUGGCAGAAAGCAGCAGACUUGUUGAAACGUGCCACAGGCAGCGAUAAGCCAAAAGAGACAUACGAGCCUGCAACUUCAACAACCGAGACUGAUAGCUGCGAUGAUGAUGAUGAGGAUGAGGACGAACAGCAGCGAGAGCAUACACAUUCACACCGACUGAAGCGUGAUGCUGAUGAUGAUAAGACACCAAAACCAGCAGAACCCGAGCCCUGCUUGGGUCUACAUAACUUUCCCUUUCACAUAACAUUGCUGCUGCUGUUGCUCAUGCAAUUGCUGCUCAAUGUGCCCGCCAGUCUGGCCUGGCUGCGCAGUCGCCGACAUGGCACUAACUUGGCCGAUCCUGCCAUACAUUCGAGCAUUGUGGUCUUGGCAUCGCUCAGCCUGCUGCUGCAGCUGCGAGCGCCACAAAAAUUCUUUGGCUAUACGUUCAUGUCGAUUGUUUUGUAUCUGGGAGCGGGUAUUGUGCUGCUUUAUUGCCAGGCGGCCAUCUUUCGUCUCAACUUUGUCAUUGCAAGCGUCUUUGCGCUGCUGGCCAUGCAUCAAUAUGUCUGCAGCGUUUGGAGGCGAUUUAUUCAAUCGGACUAAAUCAUAACCAGUUGUAGGUUUGCAUUGCUUUUUAAGUACUUUGUAUCGUUUGAUUUAUUAUUUAUUAGCUUUAAUUUGUUGCUUGUAUUUAGCUUAAUUCAUAAGCCAUAUCUGUAGCUGUUUUUUAUUUCUACUAUAAUUGUAUGUAUGUUUGAUUUAACCAACUACAAAUGUCUUGACAUGUUUUUCUGCACAUUAUGCGGGAAUCCAUAAAUCCUCUACACCGUCCAAAUGGGCGUAGUCAGCUGACAAAGUGUAUUCGGCCCCAAUAUGCCAGCAAAAUACCAAUAAUCCAUUCACAGCAAAUGUGUGAAAACUACCAAAUGAGCAAUUGUAUUAAAUUAAUUGCUAAUUACACUGGACUGCAUAAAGCAAUAACAUAUAUUUAUA